AUGGAAAGUGUGAAUACCAACCCAUCAAAUCGAUCGACAACUACAGACUCCCAGACAGAGACAAAACGAGAAAGUCAAUGGCUUACGGCCGCCUUGCAGGGCAGCGACAUGGGCAAUGGUAGAAACAGUAUCUCCACGACAAAGUCUUGGGGCAAACAAGAAAUCAUGGAAUAUUCAUGGGUUAUAUUGCUCGGAUUUGCUGGAUUGGUUGAUGUAUUGGGAACCAUCCUGCCCGACCUUGCAACAAGCAACGGAACCUGCAGCUUGGAGGACGAGCAGUGUGAAAUAACGAAUCCAGGGUCAAUUCUCUUACAUUGGCAGUCGUUCGUUGCGUGGCUCGACCGCCAUGACAUUCCAAUUAGCUUUGUAUUCUCAGCUUUAUGGUUUCUAGAUGCCUUUUGGACGGCCAACAAAGCAAGGCUUCAUGCGCGAGAAGUGAAAGAGAUGGAAAGGUUGAAUAUGAGCAAGGAGGCAAAACCAGUACAUUGGUGGCAGAAUCCACAAUCCGCUUAUUUCUGGUCCAUUUCAUUGCAGCUUUUAUGCCUUCCGACUGGCUUUUAUGGAGCCUUGUUCUUUGCAUUUCGCAAAAUUGCGGCUGGUGGAACGAUCCAUGAUCUUGAGCAAAUAGAAAAUGAGGUCUUGGACGUCGUUGAAAUGGGGGACGACGGAAUGAAACACCACAAACAAUUCUCAGUUCGGAGCAAGAAAGCCUUCAUUUUUGUAAUUAUACAGCACUUUGCAGGGAGAACUACUCGUUCCACAGUGAAGCAUGCCAAAUCCAAAGCCAUUGCUCUGGUCAAGAAACUUUCGAAACAAAUCUUCUCCAAAGCCAUUCGCAACCCUCGCAAGUUCCGACGACAAGUGAAAAAAACCUUGAAGGUGGGACGAUAUCUAAAGUACGGAUUCCCGUUGUUUGGAAAGUUCAAUCGGAUACGAGGUUUAGUGGUCUUGGCCUGGAAACGGCAGCUCCAACGUUACCAGGCCCAAAAGGCCAAACGAGCUCGGCAAUUGCUUUGGGAAUCCAAACCACGCAAGGUUCGAGAAGUCGACGCUGCAAUCAUCAUCCAAAGUGUCUUUCGGGCCCGUCAAGCUCGCAAGGCGGUCAAGGCCAUGCGGAUUCUCAAAGCGGAUAAGGAGUAUCUCGCCAUAUCCCGAAUUCAGCAUGUCUUGCGGCGCAAGUUACGAGAGCAACGAGCCCGUUUGGAGGCACGACAAAAGGAAUUGGAACGACUGGAGCAACUGAUGGAAGAGCAAACAUUGAGUGAUAAACAAAAACGGCGGAUAUACCAGCUGCGUCACAGGGUGCUUAAGGAAACCAAUGAAUUUUUGAACCGAAAGAUGCUGAUACGACCCAAUACCAAAUUUUCAGUCUAUUGGAAACUGUUCUUCGCGAUAUGUCUUCUGUGGGAAUUUACAGGAGCAGCACUCCAACCACUCGUACAUAAGAAGCCAUCCAAAUCUCACAAAUCUAGCAAAGGGGAUGUUGAACCAACGACCGUCGAAGAAUUGAUUGCCCGUACUUUUGUUCCAAUACGCAUUUCCGACUGGCCGCAAUGCCAGAAUUCAACAAAAGACGACAGCGACAAACAACAGAAAAAGAAUGGCGAGCAAGGUGAUACAGGAGAGCUUCGUUGGUACUGCAAAGACCCCUUCUUCUCCACACACAAAUCCGCCCGAGAUGCCCUGGCCCUGGCCUUGAUACCCAAACCUGUCUCUGAGUGGUCCGAAUGCCGUCCAAAACCCAUUCCGAAGAAGCGUAGAUUUCCCUUGUUUCGGCGAACGCAUCCACGAGAAGCUGUCGAGCUCGAUUUGGAGUGGUAUUGUGGAAAACCUUAUUCUAGACUUCAUCAACUGUAUCGUAACUUGGUGGAUUGGUUCUGGUCCGAGUUUGUGGUGCUCGUCGGAGUGGCUUACUUUUUGGAUGUCUUUGUCACCUUUUUCACGGGCGAAUUCCACCCCUUGAGUGGCGUCUUGUUGCCCAAACCAUUUUUUGCACGCUGGAUUCUUCCUGGAUUGGUGCUUCAGUUGGCUGUGAAUCCCUACCUGAAGACAGUAUCAGGUUGGACCUCUUUUACCUUGAGGCAUAUCACAAAGUUGGGGCCUGUUCGAGUGUACCGGUGGAACGCCACUGUCUUGCUCCCACUGUUAUUUUUCGUUUGGAGGCACUCCAUACAACCAAUGUGGCUGUCCUUGGUAGAGUUUGAAAACAAACAUGAUUUGAUCCCUGAUGAUGCCCUAUUUUGA